AUGGAGAGGUCACCCGAGCAGACCAAGAAGCCCUCGCUGCUGCCGGCCUUCGAACCCCUCUCGUCUUCACCCUUCCCGCGUCCACAGUCUGCCAAACGCAAAUAUAACGAGGACUCGCCUUCUUACCCAAAGCAGCAGCUCAAGUACUAUCCCACGCCAGUACCGACUUCUUCAACUGGCAUCUUUCCUUCCUCCUCUCCUCAGCAUUCGCGUGCAGGCCUGGCCCAGACCAUCUCGGCCCUAUCAGAGCGUGUCCCUCUGGGAGACGUACCUUCCCUCGACCUGCCUGCCAAUGGUGACAUUGUCCGCAUGGGAAGGUCUUCCAAUUCUUCCGACUAUCAGCUCUCUGCCAAUCGCCUCAUCUCUCGUGUUCACGUUCAGGCUGCGUAUCACGGUCCCAACGCGUCGUGCCCACACGGAUUCGUCGAGGUUGAAUGCUUGGGUUGGAAUGGUGCUAAGAUCCACUGCAAAGGGCAUGUUUACGAGCUAUGCAAAGGCGAGACGUAUGUGUCGGAGAAUCCAGAUUCGGAAAUCAUGCUGGAUGUACAGGAUGCUCGAGUCAUGAUCUUGUGGCCGACCAAUGCAGGAAGGGCUGUGAAUGGAACUUGGGAUUCCGAGGACGAUAUAUCGCCAACCCGUCGCCCUGCCAUGGACCAACUCGCAUCCAGCCCUCCCGUCAUCCCUCGCUCGCCCGUGUCCCAGUCUCCCAUUCGCCAACCUAACUUCAUGGGGUUGGGAGCUCCCAUCGCCCCUGCUCAAUCCCCCGCGCCCGUUCGAAUCUUCGAGGAUGAUGAGGAAGCAGGAGGUGUCCGUCUUGAGCCCACCCCAGAUAGUCCUACUCCUGCCGAGGCUACCUUCAUUCGCACCACUCCUACACGCUCUUCUGUGGCUCCAGGCUCGGCCGUCAAAGAUUCUAGGUCGAGUAUCUUGUCGUCCUUUUCAGACGACUUCUCUGAUAACGACGAGGAGAACGACCCUGUCGUCCACUCCUUCGGUCCAUUCGGUGACAAUCUCCUUCCUCGACUCGAGUCAUUCAAGACGUCCACUCCGACUCAAGGGAGUGCUUCUGCUCAGCGACACCGCAAGGUUCUUCGACCAUCCCCUUCUCCCAAGCGUCGCUCAUUCACCGAGUCGAUCCAUUUCAAGGAAUCGCCUAUCAAGAAUCAUGUCAUCAACCAGCUUGCUUUCUCGCGAGUUCACUCGAUCCCGCUCUCACUCAUUCACGGUAACCUUCCUGCCGAGUUAAGAGCUUGUGCCAACAAGCUUGUUGAUGGUGACAAGACUCCAACGAAGAAUGAUCCUUCCCCAUCCACUCUGCCACUCACCAAACAAGAACUCAAGUCGCUCAUGGAUACCAUCCCUUGUGUUGGUGAAAUCCCCCGCUCAGGCAAGGAUGCUGCAGGCAAGGCUCUGGAGAACGAAUUCUAUUACGUCCCUGAAAUGGAUACGGACCCGAUGAGGCGCGAGGCCGUCACGGGCAGCUUCCGUGGUACCGGUCUCAGAGCAGUCAGAAAACAGCACAAGCAAUAUUACUGGAAGAAGCCGCGUGUUUAG